AUGAUAAGCUUAAAUACAGCAUUGAUUAUUUUGGUAUUCUUGUUCUUUAUCAAGAGCAUGGUGGGAGUUGCCACUACGGAAAAUCCUCUAGAGCAAGCUGAAUCAGAUCCCUUGGUUAUAGAGGGUAAGUUUACUCCCAAAACAUUAGCAAGGUAUAAUGGUAUUGAUAAUCCCAGAAUCUUCAUUGCCGUCAAAAAGAGAGUGUUUGAUGUAACACAGGGGGCUACCUUCUAUGGCCCUGGUGGUCCAUAUGAAAACUUUGCUGGAAGAGACGCCUCAAGAGGUUUAGCUUUGAAUUCCUUCGAAUUGAGCUGUCUCACUUCAAUUGAUGAACCCAUAGAUACAUUGACAGGCUUGACUAAAGAGGAACUUGAAAGUUUGGAUAGCUGGGAGCAACAUUUCGAUAAUAAGUAUAAAGUGGUUGGUACUUUGCAUGAGAAUAAUGCCGAUAGUAGUGAGGUUGUACCACCACCACAACCCCAAUCAAAAAAGGAUGCCUAA